AUGGGAUCAAGGUGCAAAUUCAGAUUGGCAACUAGGUUUGGAUUUUGCACCCUCUCAGAAUUUGGUGGUGUUCAGAUGAAGGAUGUUAGCAGGACCCUUAACUUCAUUCUGUGUAUCCCUCACAUCCAUGCUGCGUGGGCCUGCGUACGUUCCUGCCCUGCCAACUGCGUGUGCACCCAGGAGCGGAGCUGUUCCGUCCUGUGUGAUCGUGCCGGCCUUCUGCAGAUCCCCAGCGACUUCCCCUGUGAAGCCUCCUCUAUCAACCUGGAUAAAAACAGUAUUAAAUUUGUCUCAGAGAGGGCCUUUGGGACCCUGCCUUCCCUCAAAUCUCUCUCACUCCAGCACAACAACAUCUCCUUCAUCACUCCCGGGGCUUUCAAAGGGCUACCCAGGUUGACUGAGCUUAAAAUGGCUCACAACGAAUACAUCCGCUACCUGCACACUCGCACUUUCACUGCCCUCAAAAGGCUUGUCAGACUAGACCUUGCUGACUGCAACCUUUUCAACAUCCCAGACAGGAUUUUCAUAGAGCUCCCUGCCCUUCAGGAGCUCUUCUGUUUCCAGAACAAUUUCCGAAGGAUCCCUGGAGCCAUACGAGGCAUGGAGAAUUUGACCCAUGUUUACUUGGAGCGAAACAAGAUAGAAGCUGUAGCCUAUAAUUCUCUGCAAGGCCUCACCAGGCUGAAGUAUCUUAACCUCCAAGACAACAGGAUAAAUGUCAUUCAUGACCAAGCCUUUCAAGAUUGUCAGAAAAUGGAGUAUCUCUAUCUGAAUGACAACUUGCUUAGUGAUCUCCCAGAAAACUCCUUUGAUGGGCUGAGAUACCUGAAAAUGCUCAAUCUUGGUGGGAACUUUCUCAGGAACGUGUCCAACACCUGGUUCCGGGACCUGGUUCAACUGGAGGUUCUGUACUUGGACCGAAAUAGGGUCAACUACAUUGAAGAAGGGGCUUUUGAAAACCUAACCAGCCUGGUCUCUUUGCAUUUGAACAGUAACAACCUAACUACCCUGCCUUUUUCCGUCUUCCAGCCAGUCUAUUUCCUGGGAAGGCUCUAUCUUUUCCGGAACCCCUGGGAGUGUGACUGCAGGCUUGAAUGGCUGAAGGAGUGGAUGGAGAAUUACAGACUUGUCAGGGAUAUUCCUUGUGUCUCCCCCUCCUCAGUAGCUGGUAUUGACUUGGCGGACGUGCUAUUUGACAGAUCACCUGAAGGUUACUGUCUUGACCCAGUGGAGUUAAACGUCACGUCCUACAGCCCAACCCCGACUGAAGAGCCUCACUCUACCACAGAGAGCAAGUUCAGCAGCCUUAUCUCCAAACUUCUGCUCCAGGAGGGCCUUCCCGAGGGGAUGGCAAACACCUCUGAAAUAUUAACCAACACCACCCUGUUGGACAGGUUAGGUGAUGAGGUUUCUUCAGGGGUGGGGGAAUAUGCUAUCUCCUGCUCUUUCCACCUCCUGGCACUCAUUACAGCUCAAGCAGUGAUGGUUCUGCAGAGUAAAUAACCCAAGGGCUGCCUCAAGCACGUUGCUAUUUAAGAACUGAGUUUCUGUAGAAUGUAGUCAUUAGAGAGGAGCUGAUGCUGCAGAGUUCAGAUGCUGAUCUGACUCCAAAUUUCCCAGCAAUACAGCGGGUGUUUGGGUCCAGGAGUUUGGUUUGGGCCCAUCUUUGGAAGUAACUAAUCUCCUGGAGGCAGGGAUUUUAUCUUUUUUGUGUUUGUAAAACCCCAUGUACUUUGACAGAACAUUAUGAGACAGCAGCAAUAAUAAUGAGUUUGAGCUAACUAUUGUCUCUAGGACAGCAGCUUUCCUCCGCUAGAUGUGAACUGAAAGGGCACCUUACUGAAGACAGCACUGCAGCAUAUAUUCAUUUAGGGCCAAUCCUGAUUCCCUGGAAGUCUCUGGAAAAACUCCCAUUGAUUUUCAUGGGUGCAGGGAUUGAACUCUAAACUGUGAGCCUCACCCAUAGAUCCUGAGACACAUAAUGAACCUGAUCAUCUGCUUAUGGUGUUUUAUGCUGAUAUAACUCCAUUGACUUCAGUGGAGUUACUUCUGAUUUACACCAAGGUGGGAGGAGAAUCAGAUCUAUUCUAUUCAACAUGCACACCUGCUGCACUACGCAGUGUGCACAAUGCCAAGAGGAAGGGGGGAAAGUGAGCAGGUCGGUAGCCCUGUGCUAAGGUCUGUGGCUUAUCAGUCACACUGGAAAUUGCAUUUGGGAAGAGCAAGCCAUUUUGACUGGGCCUACAUUUUUCUCAUUCUCCCACCGCUGCUCUAACAUAGUGUUUCUCCAUGACCGGUCUGUGGACCGGUGCCAGUCCCUGUGAUCGCCCUGACGCAGUUUAGGAAGGCAGCAGGCCGGUUCCUGGUAUCCAAAAGGUUGAGAGACACUGCUCUAGCACCUGUACAGCCUCAGUGGUGCUCGGAAGAGUGAGCACGCUCAUGUAGAGAGGGCAGCAAUGCUUUUUCCAACUUGUCGUUUAACCCUCCUCAGAGUAGAUUUAGAUGACACGGUGGCAAAACCACCAGUGGCCUGUCUAUAUUAGCCCUCCCACCUAAUACCAGUGGAGCUGUGCUGGUGAUAGACCAACAGUGGGGGCACCUGAAGAAAUAUGGCUCUAAAGCAGGCUUCCCAGACCUGGUAAUUUCUUUGGGGCCUGUACGUGGGUAUACAAACACAAACCAACCCCCCACUCUCUGGGGAGGAAAAAACUAAAAGGAAAAUAGACAAGAGACUUUGGGGAAUAAAUGGCUGAAUGAUGGUGGGUAAUACAGAACUUCACCACACAAAAACUAAUUUUAGCAGUUUCCCUGUGCUUAAAUCUGUGACUGGCUAUUGCCGGGAAGAAUUGGGGACACAGAGAGUUUUAAAAAGGGCUUAAAAAUAUGACUGAUUCUGCAUGUAAGUCACACAGGCCAACCACAAUAGUUUCCACUAGGCCAUUAUUUAACAACUCGUUAGUGGUUGUGUCCUCAAGGAAUGUGACCAUUCCGAGUUAAACAGGUCCACUCCUCGUUUCUGCCGAGCCCCUCACAACUGAAAAGAGGCAGCAAUGGAUGUGGUAAUUAGGCCACAACUUUAUUCACUUAAAAUAUCUGGCAGUAAAUUGUACAGUGCAGGUCACCAUCCUUUCCUUAAUCAUUUCAAAAUAAUCUCCCACCCAGUCCCAGUGCUGGACCCUGCCGCCAUCUCCUUGUAUAAGGUAAAAGAGGACUCAAAGAAGUGGGGUUGGUUCCCUGCUGUUCCAGUCACAGGAGCCCAGUACU